CGCUUAUUCACAAGUCCACAGCUUUCGUUGUCAAUUGAUAAAAAGAAAUGAUCGCCCGUCUCCUUCUGACAUACGUCUGUCUCUUACAAUUUCUCAUUUCACCGUUCACUUGUUUAGCAAGUUGCGAUGGCUUGCUGUGACCGAGUUCCUACCGUUUACGCACGAAUUCUAGUUCGACUUUACACCUCAGAGUUUUAGAGGUGAAAUUUCUCUGCUGGAGAAAGUGCGAUAGAACUCUUUCAAAGUAAUCCUCCCCCGGCACUAUGUAUGUUUCUUAUUUCACAGUGUUAAGUUGGUCACUCGGCUAGUGGGUUCUUCAUAGUGACACCGCCCGCACGUCUUCAUUAUAACACCUGAUUCACCAAGAAAAUAACGUAUAUAAAAAAUGUGCGCAAACCCGUUGAAGCAGUGUCGGCACUAAAAAUAGCUAUUUUAAAAAUAAAAUGUUCAAGGAGUUCCGUUGAGAUUGAGGAAAGUUUUUGAAAAGUAGAUUUGCGCGGGAAGAGGUGUUACGUCAAAAUGACAUUUAAAAAGUGCAUGCAUUUGGGAAGAUCGCGGUGUGAAGUGUUACCGUUUUUGUUGUUGUUUGUGUUCUUAGCUGUAUUGGACAAUUUCACAAGCAAUGCUCAAGAAUAUAGCAGAGAAUCAAGAAAACUGUUUGGAGGGUACCGGAUAACGCCGUCCCAGUGCAAGGCGUCGAGAGCAGCCAAAUACAACAGGGGCAACAAAAUCUGCAUGUUCAACCACGAAUGUGUGCAACGAGGCGGCGAAGUGGUCGGAACCUGCAUGGAUGGCUUCCUCUUCGGAGCGUGCUGCCAACUCAAAUCGGAUAGCCAAUCUCACAUCCCGAAAGGGCCCGGGGUUGUCAUGACCAGUUAUCUAGACUACCCCGACGCUGAGUCUGAAACAGACGAUUAUGAUUCGGAACAACUCAGUGCCUUACAUAACAGUUUCAAACCUAUAGUCACGCCUGGAUAUAGGCCCGGAUCAUCACCGGUUACAGCUGCACCUGACGUAAAAACAACGCAAGGAGAUGACACUGACAUUUCUGAAGGCCUAAGUCAAAUCACUAAUUCGUUGCUCAGUUACCCUCCCAAGGAUAGUAACCUUUAUGUGAAACCUGUCCAACAAGGCAGCAUUUACACGCACAGUAGUAUAGACUAUAAUAUGGCUGAUACAGUCCUCUUUAAUAUAAAUGGUUCGAUAGCUGAUAAUAUAGUCAGACCCUCAGAUUUCAACGUCCAGAUAUCUUCGAUGCAAACAAAACCGACUGUUAGUCCAAUGUCGUCAACGCCAACUUCCACACCUAAAACUGUGUCAACGCACCACCCUGUAUACACCAAACCAGUUUUCAAACCAAAACCAGCGAACAAAACUACAACGAAAAAUCCCUCAACAGAAAAUUAUAUUAUGGUAUCUACGGUCACUAAAGAAAGUCAGAAGAUAACCGAGUUGUCAUCAAUAGAUUCAAUUAUACAAAUGCUAAACGAUAGCACUCCAAGUAUCAAAGAAGAAGUGACUUCACCUACGUCGUUUGACACAAUGGAAACUAAAUCCUCACCACUUCCAACAGGAACUGUACCGCCUGUUUCGUACAGCAGUGGCUAUCCCGAUUACAAUGCGUCGACGGGACACUACGUGACAUUGAAACCUACCCCAAAACCAUCUAGCGUAACAUAUCCUUCUAAACUACCUACGUUUAGCACAAAGAAACCAGUGUAUCCAACAGCAACAACAAGACCAACAAUCGAGAAGUCUACUAUAAACCCUUACUAUUCAUCUCCGCUCCCUAGUCAAUCUACUAGUCAAGCAAUAGACGCAUUCAAUAGAUACCCCUCAGAUCCUGGCAAUUUUGGCAGUUCCUUAACAACAUUCAGUUAUGUCAGCUCAAGCACAACUCCCCCAACAACAACUACAAGAAAACCACCGUCAACAAGCUACGUAACCGGAUCGAAACCUUUAAGAAGACCUGUUACUCCCCCAAGCAGCAUUGAAACGAGUUACGACGUCGCUCCAGAUACGUUCUCCAGUGUAACACCGACAGUCAUCGUAUUGAACGGCUACCAGACACCGCAACCAGAGCUCACAUCGCAAAAAGAACCUGAAUUCGUCGAGAUCUCUCAAGAGCCGUUCAAAAAGCCCGUCAGCCAGAUAACUGUUAACAAUCACAUACAAUCGACGAAUAACAUUUACAUGGGCAAACCACCGCCGAAUUACGAACGUCCCGCAUCCGCAACUGUAGUUAUAACUCCUAAGCCACCACCGAACACGACUCCUUAUCCAAUCAAAUCGACUACACGACCGGUGUUCUCGUCAUCAACAAGCCCGAUUCCCAGUCUCGAGUCUUAUACAGAAUAUUAUUCUCCGACGACUUUGAGACCUGAACUACAAACUUCACCCGAUGACUCGAUAAACUUCCCUCCUGUUAGGAAUCCAAUGCUCAAUGCAACUGGUUCAAAUCCGGCAAUGUAUAAUACUAGUAUAUCUUUAUCAGACAGUGACGUAGACUUGCUGCAAGACAUAGAAUUUACUACACCUACAUGGCAGGAGGACGAAAAACUAAACGAAAAAAUGAAUUUGUUCGUCAACAAAAUCGUUGGUAGCCUCCAGGGCACCUUCCAAGAACUUCAUGACAUUGUUAUAUUAGAUAAAAAGCCUAAUACAACACUCAAACCGACUACAGCUAAACCUUUGAGAAGACCUACCACUAAAAAACCUGUCUUAACGACUAAAAAGCCACUGAGAGUUACAACAACUACCAGGCGACCUACAGUAAAAACGACUAAAAAACCGACUAGACUAACUACUAUUUAUAGGCUUCCGACUACAACCACUCCCGCCCCCACCACUACAACUAAGCAACCGGUGACGACUACGAAAAGACCCAAGCCGACUAAGAAGGUGACGACUACUGUAGCCCCGACGACGACGGUGACUACGGAACUGGCUGACGAGGUGACUACGGACUCAGUAGUCUACGAGCAAGUCGACUACAAUGAUAAAAAUUUGUGCGGUGUCCGGCCCCUAGUGAAGUCGGGUCGUAUAGUUGGCGGCAAGAAUGCUCGCUUCGGCGAGUUUCCCUGGCAAGUACUGGUCCGAGAGUCCACCUGGUUGGGUCUCUUCACUAAGAACAAGUGCGGCGGCGUCCUCAUCACUAGCAGAUUUGUCACCACUGCUGCUCAUUGCCAACCUGGCUUUUUGGCGUCACUGGUAGCUGUGUUCGGAGAGAACGAUAUAUCCGGUGACAAGGAGCCCAGAAGACCCGUAUCUAGGAACGUUAGACGCGUUAUAGUCCAUCGACAGUACGACGCAGCGACCUUCGAAAACGAUCUAGCUUUAUUGGAGUUGGAAUCGCCGAUAAAAUUUGACGCUCAUAUUGUGCCAAUAUGCAUGCCUCCGGACGAAGCAGACUUCACUGGACGAAUGGCCACUGUCACAGGCUGGGGACGUCUCAAGUACGGCGGCGGAGUUCCUGCAGUCCUACAAGAAGUCCAGGUUCCGGUGAUAGAAAACAACGCCUGCCAGGAGAUGUUCCAGACAGCAGGGCAUUCCAAGAAGAUACUUAAUUCAUUCAUAUGUGCUGGAUAUGCGAAUGGGCAGAAAGAUUCGUGUGAAGGUGACAGCGGCGGACCUUUAGUUCUUCAAAGGGAAGAUGGCAGAUGGCAACUAGUAGGCACAGUAUCUCACGGUAUUAAGUGUGCAGCACCAUUUCUACCAGGCGUUUAUAUGAGAACAACUUUCUAUAAACCAUGGCUAAAGAGUAUCACCGGAGUCCACUGAAGAGAUGCAGGGAAGACUGGGUUACCAAUUUUGUGAUCAGGCAGUUUCAUUAGAAACAGACUCAGCAAUAUGUUAAUAUUUUGUAAAGUAAAAGCUCAAACGUUUAAACUAUUGAUGUUAUUGUUUCAUGUUGUAAUUAUUGUAAAAAAUAAAUAUUUUUAUUGUAACCUCAAGGUGAAUGAAUAUAUGACGCUUCGCAAAAUGAAAUGAUAAACAAAGCUGUUUAUAAUGUCAAAAAGCUCUCUAUGCUAUUUAACAAUUCAAAUAUUUGUUUUUACUUUUACUGCUUUGGAUAGUCGCAAAUUCAAUAGCAUGUUAUUAAUAAAAACUUUAAAUAUUUCCAAAUUUAUUCAUAUAUUUUAAAUUAAUAUUAUUAAUUUAAAUUAAAACAAUGAUCAAAUUUAUCUGAAAUGAAUUGAAUCAAUCAUGUAAAAAAAAUUGUACAUUAUAAUUGCAUUUAUUUAAAUAUUGAUAGUAUUAAUUUUAGUAUUAAGACUGAAAGGAGAGAAGCUGUUGAGUGAAUGCUAAAAAACAUUAUUUUAAUCUGUUUUAUUGUAACAACUCUAAAUCCCUGUGAAUCUAGUUUAUCCAAUGAGUCAUUGACUUUUAAUAAAGCAAUUAAUUUGACAAUUAUAAUGAACUUUAUUCUAAUAAAUGUUAAUGAAUAACUUUCUAAUAAAAUGCUAUAUAAAUAUGGGCAUUAAGAUUUGAAAGAUAAAAUGUGACAAAAUAAUGUGAGAAAAAUGUUUAAAAUACAGAAAUACAGAAGGGUUUAAGCUAAACAGAAAUAAACAGGAACUAAACAAAAAUUCUCGAAAGAAAAAUUUCGACUGUAGUUACUUAAUAUGAAAAUCAAGCUUGAACCCCAGCUAGGUCAACUUAAAAAAAUAACUUCUCCUAAGGUGUACUGUGUUUUAGAUUUAUAUGUUACUCGAAUUGUCGUUGUUCCAUAUUCCUUAUAACAAGUACUGUACUUCGUCAUCAGAUGCAAUUAUGCCUUUUAUUUAUUUUUAUAAUAAUAGAAAUAUUAUAACUUAAACCGUAUUUUUUGUGGUUAAUUAAACUCUGGACUCUAAUAAACAGAUUUCUUUUCACUAAAUAAUGUGAUGUAAGACGAGUGAAUUGUAAAGAGAGAAGUCUUUGAAACGCUCAAUUUAAGAUUUAGUCUAAUAUGUAAGUAGAAACUGUUAUUGACUGUUACGCAUUUAUUUAAUAAAUUUUAA